GGGGAAGGCCGGGUAGAGUAAAAGGGGGACGUGAUGGCGACGGGCCGCGGCGGCUCCUCGCGUUGCACGCACGAGAUCGAUGGAUCGAUGGAUAGGAAGGAUCGAUGACGACAACAAAGGUAGGGAAGUGGGCGAGGAGGAAGAGGAGGAGGGGAACCCGAGAGGCGGAAGUCGAUGAUGAUGUCGUCGUCGCAGCGCAACGCGUACAGCUACGGGGACGCCCUCUACUGGGACGCCCGCUACCUCGCCGACGGAAGCGCCUCCUUCGACUGGUACCAGCGCUACUCCGCCCUCCGCCCCUUUGUCAGAAAGUACGUCCCCGUCUCUGCCGGCGUCCUCAUGGUCGGCUGCGGCAACGCUGUUAUGUCAGAGGAUAUGGUGAAGGAUGGUUACAUAGACAUCAUGAACAUUGACAUCUCAUCAGUUGUGACAGAAAUGAUGAGAAAGAAAUACACACAUAUUCCACAACUACGCUACAUGCAAAUGGAUGUAAGGGACAUGAGCUUCUUUGAUGAUGAAUCAUUUGACUGUGUCAUUGAUAAAGGGACUUUGGAUUCUUUAAUGUGCGGUGUGGAUGCUACACUUAGUGCCUCCCGGAUGCUAGAAGAAGUGAACAGGCUUCUCAGACCUGGCGGGAUCUAUAUGUUGAUAACUUAUGGUGAUCCAUCAGUUCGAAUUCCUCGUUUAAACCAACCAGGAUGCAGUUGGAAUAUUAUAUUGUAUAUUAUACCCAGGCCAGGAUUCCAAAGCCAUGGAGGGUGUAGUUCGCAAAGGUCGAUCAUGGAACCUGUCCCACUUACCAAAUGUGGUCAGCUACCAUCAGGUUUUGUUCUUGAAGAUCCAGACUCACACUACAUAUAUGUUUGCGAGAAGGAACAUGGACUAUUAGGGAUUGCUCAUAGGGAUUGCUCAUCAGCAAUGAAGUAGCUGGCUCCUCAGGAUAUUUUAAUUGUUGUUGUAUUCCCAAAAUGCUGCUGCGGAGACAACAAUCUCAGUCAUAGUGAUCUCUGCAGCUCCAGCUUUUCUCCUCUUACACAAUUAGGUCUUGAUUCCUGUCUAUCAUGGUUGGAAAACAUUUACAAUUUCAUUUACAUUUUAUGAUCUACCAAACAAUGAUGGGAUAUGACUGAAAUUAAGGUCUGCAGUUUUUCUAAUAUCUUUUUAUUACAUUAAGCUGUGAAUAAGAUGUUCUUAUAUAGCUUCAAUAAUAACAGAGAUUGGUCUGCAGUUUCUAUUCA